AUGAGCAUCCAAAAGAAGUAUCUGGAGGGAGAUUUUUUUCUUUCCUGUGAGCAGCAGCAGCUUCCUACGGACCCUGCUGGAGCCCCAGCUCAGAUUAGCCCUUCAGCCAGCAAUGAACGCUUCCUGCUGCCUGCUCUCUGUUCAGCCAGUGCUGCCUAAUGGCUCAGAGCACCUCCAAGCCCCUUCCUUCAGCAACCAGAGCAGCAGCACGUUCUGCGAGCAGGUCUUUAUCAAGCCCGAGGUUUUCCUGACCCUGGGCAUCAUUAGUCUGGUGGAAAACAUCCUGGUUAUCCUGGCCGUAGUCAGGAACAGCAACCUGCACUCUCCAAUGUACUUCUUCCUGUGCAGCCUGGCGGUGGCCGACAUGCUGGUAAGUGUGUCCAAUGCCCUGGAGACCAUCAUGAUCGCCAUUGUCCACAGCGACUACCUGACCUUGGAGGACCAGUUCAUCCAGCACAUGGACAACAUCUUUGACUCCAUGAUCUGCAUCUCCCUGGUGGCCUCCAUCUGCAACCUCCUGGCCAUCGCCGUCGACAGGUAUGUCACCAUCUUCUACGCGCUCCGCUACCACAGCAUCAUGACCGUGAGGAAGGCCCUCACCUUGAUCGUGGCCAUCUGGGUCUGCUGCGGCAUCUGUGGUGUGGUGUUCAUCAUCUACUCAGAGAGCAAGAUGGUCAUCGUGUGCCUCAUCACCAUGUUCUUCGCCAUGAUGCUCCUCAUGGGCACCCUCUAUGUGCACAUGUUCCUCUUCGCGCGGCUGCACAUCAAGCGCAUAGCAGCACUGCCACCCGCCGACGGGGCGGCCCCACAACAGCACUCCUGCAUGAAGGGGGCAGUCACCAUCACCAUCCUCCUGGGCGUGUUCAUCUUCUGCUGGGCCCCCUUCUUCCUCCACCUGGUCCUCAUCAUCACCUGUCCCACCAACCCCUACUGCAUCUGCUACACCGCCCACUUCAACACCUACCUGGUCCUGAUCAUGUGCAACUCCAUCAUCGACCCGCUCAUCUAUGCCUUCCGGAGCCUGGAACUGCGCAACACCUUCAAGGAGAUUCUCUGCGGCUGCAAUGGCAUGAACUUGGGAUAG